UGGUUUCCACAAGAGUGAUCAGCUAGCAAUUACUAACACGAUCUAUUCACGUCGGAGUCCAGGCGAUACCAAGCAGCGGAGCUCCUCUAGUACACCUUAUUUGAUCUUUGGUUAGUGUUUCCUCUGUUUGACUGCUGGCCAACAGCAAGCAACAACAUUGUCAUCUAGCUCACUCCACAACAAGUGACUCCAGCCACCCUUUUCAGCAUCCCCCCCUCCUAUUUAAUCUAUUUGCAUCGCCAUGGGUUCAUGUGCCUCCAAGGAGCCACAAGCUCCACAACAAUCUUCCAAGCCUGUCAACAAGCGUCAGGAACAGAAAGCGACAUUGGCCAAGAAAGAUGAAGCCGCCCACUCGGCAACUAACCACUCCACGGGCUCAUCCAGUGACAUACAGGCAGAAAAGGCUCCCGCUGCUACCCCCAAUGCAGUGGACAUCGCCGCUGCACAUCAACAAUCCGGACAGGCUGCCAGCAGAAAUGUGAAAGUGUUGUUGUUGGGAUCUGGUGAGUCAGGGAAAUCAACAAUUGUCAAGCAAAUGAAGAUCCUUCAUCAAAACGGUUAUUCUAAGGAAGAAUCCAUCGAAUACAAGCCGUUCGUAUACAAGAACGUACUUGAUUGUAUGAAAAACAUUAUCCAUGCUAUCUACGACUUACAGCCUGAACUUGUCAAGCGUGAAUCGAAUGGUUUGGUUGGCACCGCCAGCGAAGAAAGCUUGCAGGAAUUUAAGGGUGAUGCAUCCACCAAAGGUGUUGUUGACAAGGCAGACUUGGAAGCCAUUUUACAACACGAAUACUCCAUGGAUUCAGACACUCCAUUCGAUAGUACAAUAGCUGCUACUAUAAGCAAGGUCUACUCCAUACCCGAGAUCCGCGAGUUUGCCAAAACUCAGCAAGGCAACUUCUAUUUGAUUGACUCAACACAUUACUUCCUUACUGAGAUUGAUAGAAUAGCCCAACCCUAUUAUAUUCCCUCUGUCAACGAUAUCCUCAGAACUAGAAAGAAGACUUCUGGUAUCUUUGAUUUCAAGUUUCAAAUGGGUAAUGGUUUGAAUAUCCAUAUGUAUGAUGUUGGUGGCCAACGUUCCGAACGUAAGAAGUGGAUCCAUUGUUUUGAUAACGUCACCUUGAUCAUCUUUUGUGUUGCGUUGUCUGAAUAUGAUCAGGUUUUACUUGAGGAGAACAGUCAAAAUAGAUUGGAAGAAUCGUUAACGUUGUUUGACUCGGUUGUGAAUUCUAGGUGGUUUGCAAGAACUUCCAUUGUCUUGUUCUUGAACAAGAUUGAUGUCUUCGCAGAAAAGCUCGCAUACUCACCUCUUGAGAACCAGUUCCCAGACUAUACUGGUGGUAAUAAUAUCAACAAAGCAGCCAAGUACAUUUUGUGGCGUUUCACUCAGUUGAACAGAUCAGGCUUGAACAUCUUUCCACACGUCACUCAAGCUACUGAUACCUCGAAUAUUCAAUUAGUAUUCGUCGCUGUCAAGGAAACUAUCUUGGAAAAUUCCUUGAGAGACAGUGGUAUUUUGUGAUCAAUUCACAACAAUCACCCAUUGAUCGUUUCGAUCCCCCAUUCUAACAUAAUAAUUACCUCUAUUCUCUCAGCUGCGGGAGUUUAUCAACAUUUUCAUUUCCAUUGAAGCUGUCUUUUUGACAUAAAUCGAAAAUGGCCAAGAGCGCCAAAUGUAUCUGCACCCAGUGUGUGUAUUUAGGGUCAAUGGUUUAAUAUCAAAUACUUCUUGUUUACGACAUGUAGCUCUCAAACAAUUUGAGCAAAUACAAUCAUUUUAGAAUACAUUACUUCAUACAUAUCUAUACAGUU